CAGUAAAGUGCGCUUCCCGCUUAAACAGCAAGGUGACGCUUCUGCUUUGUAUGACGACGGGGCUUACGGACCGACGUUUGGAGGCUACGACUGGGUUUCCUUCACCGGGUCCGGGAUGAAAUCCUCCUUGUUGGGCCCACCUCACUCCCGAGUUGAAGCCCAGGGGGCCAGGGGUAAUAUCGGGAACUCUUAUUCCCCCCACGGGACCGACAGAGCGGUGUCGUAUGAGGAGUUUGGGGGGCUAGAGGCGUACGGAUAUCUGACUGGCACCUUCUGCGCCGACCUGGACUACAAGGACAUCGAAGUCUACACCAUCAGAGACAAGCCAGUCGUUAUCAGUGGAAAGAGAGCGGAUGCUAGUCCAAAUGUGCCGAGGCUUAAAGAGACAGCCUGGAGGACCAUGGAGUGGACUGUUAGUACAAGAGAUGACCUGGUGCGAGAAGUGAGUGAGUACCGUCCCCUGGACAGCACUAAGGUUCCACAAGCACAGAUCCUGCUGUUGGGCCCGGCAGGGGCAGGGAAGUCCAGCUACUUCAAUACCAUCAACUCCAUCUUCAGGGGCCACGUGACGUCACAAGCUGUCACUGGGAUAGCGCCGCACAGCCUGACUAACAAGUUCCGGCGGUACGAGGUCCGGUCCGGCAGGGACGGCGGUGCGCUGGGGUUCCGCCUGUGCGACACGAUGGGUCUGGAGGACGGGCAGGGUCUGGGCGUGGCAGACAUACCCUACCUGCUGGGCGGGAACGUACCUGACAGGUACCAGUUCAACCCAGCCGUGUCCAUCGAUCCCAGCAUCCCCGAGUUCAAGGUCAAACCUCCCCUGGCUGAGACCAUCCAUUGCGUCACGUUCGUCAUCGACGCAUGCGUGAUGAGCGUUUUGUCGCAAGGCAUUGUGGAUAAAAUUAAAGGCUUGCGGACAAAAAUCAACGAGCGAGGUAUCCCGACAGUGGUAUUAUUGACUAAAGUGGACGAGGUUUGCCCAGAGGUGGCUAAGGACCUAUCCGUGGUGUACAGCAGCGCAUUUGUACAGGAAAAAGUAAAGGAGCUGAGCGGAAGGCUCGGAGUUUCUGUGUCCAAUAUCCUCCCAGUCAAGAACUACGCCACGGAGAUGGAACUAGACCGGAGGGUUGAUAUCCUGGCUCUCACCGCCCUCAGACAGAUGCUGCGCUUCGCCGAUAACUACUUUGACGACUUCGAUGAGGACCAAGAAGAAGAGCAUGACGGGAGUGACGUCGAACCAGUCGACAUCAUUCAUGUGUCCACUAAUUGAUGAUUUUGGGCGUUUGUUUACAGCGGGUGGAUUAGGUCAUGCUGGUGUGAUUAUAUGGAUGACAUUCUCUGAGAAGCCCCAAACUGACCACAAAAAAAAAACAGUUUGGCCAAAACAGUUGCCUUCAUUGUUGAAUUUAAGUGAUCAGUAAGGUUUAACGAAUGAGUAAACACACAGAGUAUGGUAUAUAUACCAAAUAAUAGUCUACGCCCGUUUUGGACACAUACGUACACUUUGACCUCACUUCUGUUAAAGAAUAGAUUGUGGAUAGACCGGUUUUUAAGAUGUAAAGGUCUAAAACAGUCUACGCCCGUUUGACCUCGCCUCUGUUAAAGAAUAGAUUGUGGAUAGACCGGGUUUUAAGUAGAUGCAUGUAUAUAAUGUAAAGACGUCGACAGCUUGGAGAGUUAAGGUGGGAAUAUUUUCACAGUACAACUUCUAGAUAUUCUAGAAAGCCAUCUCUCUCACUGCACAUGACCUUGGUUUGAUAGUUAAUCUGAUAGUUUGUAAGUGGUGAAAAUAUGUUUCAAAGUGUUCAAAUACCUUCCCAAAUGAAAAAAAACUACUGUAAACGUACUAUAGUCAUUAUGUUUUCUGGCUCUCACAUUGAAUCUAUGAUUUGAGUGAUUUUAUCCAUAAAUUUCACUUGCGAAGAUCGUAACAGUUAUGGUUUUAGGUAGCUUCAGUCAGGCUAACAUCCAAGGCCCAGUCGGGCUGUUUGUGGAAACCACUGAAAACAACAAGUGACCGUAGGUAACAU